AUGUGUUCGCUUGCGAAAAACGCUGCGCGUACUAUUGGGUAUCCAGCUGGAGACUGUGUUGCUCGACAAGCACGACAACCCUCUCGAAGAUCCAACGUAGUGGAUGGCCCAGAAAAGAUUCCGAUCUGUUUACCCUACAUAUACGACGCUAUGGGCACAGUGUUGACAUCGCAAAAUUCCCUCAUUCCUCCUAAGCCAAUCAUCGCAACAUCAGCAAUGGAUAACCCCCAAGCAAAGAACCAGAGGAUAGAGCCUGGCGAAUCUCCAACCAGAACAGUCAUUGGUGUUCGGCAAGUAUUUGCCGAAAUGCGGCAAAAUUUCAAAACAACGCACCUUUUUGCCAACAUUUUAUUAUUCGACGAAAUAAUCUCCAUCAACAUCGACAACCUUCUGCCAACGUCUCACAAGAUCACGGAUUCCUUUGGCGUAGAACUUCGGCGAAUUGGAGGGGAAGAAAGCCCGAAGGUCAUUUUCGAGGUGGUCAUCGUAGCACCUCUCUUCCAGGUGAUGCUGAAGCGAUUGGAAGAGGUGGUAGCCGCUCGGGGCCAGGUCCGGGCUGUAGGUGACAAUGGUGUCCAGCCAGUCGAAUCUGCCGCUUCUGUAGAGCAGCUGAGUGCAGAUGUCCAAGCGUUUUUGGCGGUUGCCGUCGCUCAAUGCAUGUGGGAACCACUGACUGUGCUUUUUCACCAUUCCGAUAGAUCGCAGUCCAUUGCCCACGUUUUGGACUUAGGCCCCAGUUUCGCUCCAUCUCAAUCAAUACGCUCCGUGAUAUCGCGCAAGAUAGUGGGCAGCCUGCAAUUGGUUCAUGAACGUCUGCGAUUGAGAGCUAAAGAGGAAGAGCAAGACAGAGUGCAAGAAACCUCUAGAGUUCGAGUUUUUCCUCCUAUCCCUUUUCCUACAUUACUGUACAAGCCACAGGAGGCAAAUUCGGUGGUAGACACUAAGUUUCGCUUAUUUGCUACUUCGGUUUUCUCAAUUCUCUCCCGGUACUCACACAAACGCGCUUUUGAAAAUCUAACACCCACACAACGCAAAGGUUUGUGCGAACUACGUGACAUCUGCGCUGAGGGGAAGAUCAAAAUCUCGGUCAGUGAUAAAGGAGGAGAAUUUGUAGUGAUUUCAAGUGAACUGGACAGGGCUAUAACGAAACUUCACCUUACGGACGAUAGUCUAUACCACCCUUCAUCGGCACAUGAAUUUGGCAGACAAUAUCGCCGCCUGAAUAGGAUAUGGAUAGAGACCGCAAAAUCAGUAGGCUUACCAAAAACAACUAUCACGCGUCUAAAAUGUGAUCGGCCCACCUGCCCGGUCCUUUAUGUCCUCAUCAAGACCCACAAGCUUUCCGCUGCCGAAUUUAGUUCAAACAACCCAGGGGAUUUCAAGGUUAGACCUAUCAUUAGCAAUAUUGGAGGUCCCACCGACAGAAUAUCCUGGUUCCUUAACACUAUUCUCAGCCAGCUACUCCAGUACGUUCCAGCUCAUCUCUCAAACACAAAAAUGUUCAUAGAGCACCUCCGCAAAGCGCGCCUUGAUGGAGAUUGUGUCAUCGAAUCUUUCGAUGUCACUUCGCUCUACACCAACGUCUCCAUCGAUGCUGCACUACAAGCAACAUCAGAGCUGCUUCUCGAACACCAGGGGACUCUUAACAUGUAUGGUUUUGCGAUACAGCAAAUAAUGAUGCUGCUGAGCGAAUGUUUGAGAUGUUCCGUAUUUCGCUGGUCUGGGCAAUACUAUAGGCAGAUUAGAGGCUUGGCCAUGGGACAAAGACUUGCGCCUACAUUAGCCGUUGCUUUCAUGUCUAAAGUGGAAAAACCCCUACUGGAACGCAAACCUUUAUUGUACUGCCGAUACAUAGAUGAUUGUUGCAUUACAGCGGCAACGGUUUCAUCUGAAGCUCAAGGGCGCAUUGCCUCCAUAAACAUGGCUAACCGCAUUGCUCAGUCCAAUGGGUACCAGCAAAGGUCUCUCAUUCAAAUCGGAGCCAUGCAAUGA